CUUAACAAGCCUGCCCAGUAGAGGGGACCCAACCUUGUGCGAGGAAUCUACGAAGGUGCUGGAGACCCCUUCCUUGUCCAGCCUUCUCAAGGCCUUGAUCCUCCUCCGCCUUUACGCACUUCCGGUGACGUUCAUCGCUGAGAUUUGCUGAGUGCGGUGCAGCCAAGCGAAAAGCCCUGAAGCUAGAGCAGCGCGAUGGAUGGUCCUGUGCAGCUGAUUAAGGCCCUCCUAGCCUUGCCUAUCCGACCGGCGACGUGCCGGUGGAGGAACCCGAUUCCCUUUCCCGAGACGUUUGAUGGCGACACCGACCGGCUGCCGGAGUUCAUCGUGCAGACGGGCUCCUACAUGUUCGUGGACGAGAACACGUUCUCCAGCGACGCCCUCAAGGAAAUGGAUCCUGAUUGGAUUUUGGCCUAGACAGCUUAAGGAGAAGUCAGACAGGGUGCCAUUUGGAAAAUAUUUCCUCAUUUCCAAAAACGCUGGAAGAACAGCUCCUAAGUGUUACAAACUGCAAAUCUCACAUAUUUGUUGGUGAAUGGCUGUGAAAUUUCUAUAUAACCAAUUAUUCAUGGAACCAGCAGAAUGGCAUUUCUGUUUGUUGCCUUAUUGUGCAUGAAGUGGAGAAAGGAAUGCAUAUUGGGACAAACAUGGUUGCUAACCUGCAGAAAAAUAAAGGUAUAAUUUUU